AUGGUAUCGGGAGUCCUACGAUCUUAUUUAGCUCAAUGGACCGAAAGCAAGACUUUAAAAGGUGAUUCCAAGAGGAAGCUAGAUAGAGAGAAGCUUGCUAAGAAAUUGGGUCACGAGUUAAUGAAAACCUUAGCAGAAGGUUUUGAGGAUGUAUCAUGUAUGCGCAAAGGCGCAGUGUUGGAGAAGGGAUUAAAUGUAUUUGUUUCCUUUGUCGAUUGUUAUAAGGAGCAUCGCUGCUCUUACAUGUACAUGAGGUUCUUACAUUUUCAGAUGGGAAGCCAAAUUCAUGAACCACAUGGCUCAGAUCUCCCAGAAGUUCCAUCAAGCUUGACGACAUGUGGAGAAGCCCAGACGGCAAGACAAGGUCGAUAG